UUUUUUUAAAAUAAUGGAGGGUUAUUAAAAGAUACCCCAUUUUAUCGAAACUUGUAUUUUACUAAGAGAGUAAAAUUGCCGCGCAUGCGCAAAAAAAAACUCAUCUCAUCACUGAUGCGUACACAUUUCGUGUCGUGAUUUGAAAAAUUUUGACAUUAAAGUUAUAGAACAGAUAUGGCCGACAAAAAGCCUACAAAGCAAACAGAAGACGAUGAAUUAAACGAUUUAUUAGACAAUGCUUUAAAAGAUUUUAAUAAGGAACAAAAAUCAGACAACGAAGAUCAUGGUAAAUCGGAUAGUUCAGAAUCCACAAAAGACAAUAAUACACUAGACAGUUUGGAGGAUGCUUGGACUACAGAUUUCAUUAAGCAAGCUGCUGAACAAUUUGAAGAAAAUCUACAGAAUUUCAUUCAAAAUGGAACAGAUAGCGAGUUGGGAGCUUCCUUUCAAAGAAUGGCACAAACAGUUGCAAGCGUAAUAAAAGAUGACGAAACUCUCGACAAAGACAACGCGAGUACAGAUUUUCAAUCUGCCAUUGCUCGUGCAUUAAACGACUUGUCUGCAACGUCUGAAAGUUUACAGAGCGAAGCCGAUUUAUACGAAGUGUUUGAACAAGCAUCCUUAGAAGAUGAUUCUGAUCCUGUUCUAUCAAUUAUACACGGGACGCUGCAACAAUUAUUUUCGAAAGAAAUUUUAUAUCCGUCGUUAAAAGAAUUAGCAGAUAAAUAUCCAGAAUGGUUAGAAGAAAAGAAAGCAACGAUAUCGUCUAGCGAUUUACAAAGGUUUACGAAACAGCUCGAAUUAAUCCAACAGGUGCGUAGUGAAUUUGACAAGGAAGCAGAUGGAGAUUCCGAAGAAAUUAAAAAGAAACGUUUUGUAACUGUAGCAUCCCUAAUGCAAAAGGUUAGCCGCUGUGGUGAAUUACCCGAAGAACUUAUUUAAUAUUUUAGUUUAGAAUUUAAUUUAAUUUUUUAGUUUAUUUUACGGGAAAUCGCCCAAUUAAAAUACAAUUAAUUAAAUAAAGUAUAGCAGCAGAAAUGGCGCGUGAAAAGUUGAAUAUUUCCUUUGUUAAAAUAAUAUUAUUGGAAUAAAUGUAGAAUUUUGUUUCUUUUUAAA